AUGGAUAAUGCGAUCAUUUGGAAUGCGCAUGGUGUUGGUAAUGCACCUACGGUCACUUCUCUUAAACAGAUAGUCAGCAAAUAUAAUCCCUGUCUUCUAGCGAUCCUUGAACCAAUGCAACCUGAUAGAAAAAGAGUUUCUUUGGGCCUCAAAUUGGGAUUUCAUUGCUCCUUUUCUAAUGGCGAUCAGGGAGGUAAAGUAUGGAUCUACUCCAGGAAUCAGCUGAAUGCUUUGUCGGUCUCAGUCUCAAAUCAGAUGAUCUCGUUAUCUUGCAAUUUCAACAAUCUGAGAGAGUCGUUAACACUCUCGGUUGUGUAUGUGCAAUGCUGCAAGAUCCAAAGGCGAUCUCUCUGGAACGAGAUUGAAGCCCUUAGUAGAACUAUCCAAGAGCCAUGGGCCAUCGCUGGCGACUUCAAUGUGGUGGCUUCCUCUGAGGAAAGGCGCAUGAGCCGUGCCCUUGAUGGCUCAAGCAUGGCGGAAUUCUCCGACAUGAUCCACAACUCCGGUCUUCUUGAUGCAGGUUUCGAAGGUAAGUGCUUUACGUGGUGUAAUAAUCGGGAAGGCAAUGCCCGUGUGUGGGCGAGAUUGGACCGUGUUCUCCUCAACUCCACCUGGGUGUCGCAGCUUCCUCUUUGUCGAGUUGAACACUUGCCUCGGAUUAUCUCGGAUCAUGCCCCUCUUCGGCCUUCCUUCCCCUCCCAAGAGCCCUCUAAGCUAAUGGAGGAGGUUUUCUGGAAGCAAAAGUCCAGAAACUCUUGGCUCCAGGAAGGAGACAGAAACACCAAUUUCUUUCACUCAUCGGCAAAUAAACGGGUAAGGAGGGCAGCCAUUACCUCUAUCAGAAAUGCGAAUGGGGAAACGAUCUCUUCUUCCCUUGGGAUCAAAGCUGAAGCUAUCAGAUUCUUCGAGGAGCUUUUCAAAGCUGAGCCAAUCAGUGUCAAUUCUGAUUUUCUCUAG